UUUCCUGUUGCGACCCAGAGUUCUUGCAUGGCCUCGACCUCUUUGGACUUUUGACUUCGACCUCAAUUCACCUUCCGAUUGUCCACUCCGAUUGGCUUCGACCCACAUCGACAUCGAGUCGCACUCUGCACAACAUUUGAUGGGGUUUUGUUUGUCGACGCUUACGCUUUCCGUAUCGCAACAAACGAGUGCGGCAAUUGAGCAGUCACUAAAGGUUAAAGAUGGCUGCGCCGGGUUCCAACAAGCCCGAAGUGGGCGACAUUUUGGUGGUCAUCCACGACUUUCAUGCCCGUAGUUCGGACGAGUUGACCUUAACCAAGGGUGACCGCGUGGAACUGAUCGAGCGUGAUGACGAAUUUGGUGACGGCUGGUUCUUGGGAAAGCAUUUGGUAAAUGGCAACAGUGGUCUUUUCCCAGAAGUAUAUACGCGUCCUGCACCCAAGCCCCAUUCGAGCAGCCCGUCCCUCCAAAAGCCCGUUCUCUCGCCGUUGGCCGAAAUUGUCAAUGAGCAAACAGCAAACGCCACUUACUCUUACGACAACUUCAAGAUUGGGAACUCGGCCGAUGCAACUUUACCGUUAAGCUCAUUCAAGCCAGCUUCAGCACCCGACGGCCCUGCGAAUUCGUUUCUUAGCAGUAGUUUGCCAACAGGAGGCAUCGGACGCCCCGGCGCUAGCACUGACAGCCACGUCCUACACGAGACUUUGAAUGUCAUCGACGAGCAUAUUACGGAUCUGAACUCGCCGCAAAGCAACGGAGCUCUUCGAAACACCGGCGAUUCUGGCAGCGAAUAUAGCUCGCACAUAGGCAACCGUGUCUCUUACAUCCAAGGCGAAGAAACAGACGAGGAGGAAGAAGGAAACCAUUCACGAAGCGAGGUCGCAUCCUGGUCUGCUGAUCAAGUCGCCGAGUACUUGUUUACGGUAGGAGUGGAGAAGCACCACUGUGAGGUGUUCCGUGACCAGGAGAUCACCGGAGAGGUCAUUCUCGGGAUGGAUCAAACAUCGGUCUUCAUCAAAGCCUUUGAUCUGGGGUCUGUGGGCAGACGGCUAAAAACUUGGCAGAAGAUUAAAAACCUACAGGAUGAGGUCAACGGACAGGGACCAGGCUCGCGCGUACUCAGCCAGACGUAUGGGAGCGAGGUCGGGUCUGAUGUACAAGGAAAAAUGCGCAGCAGGACGAACACCCUCACAGGGUCGACUAUCACAGGGUCGACUCUGAGGUACUCAUCCAACACCAGCCAAUCUCUGUCAGUCCAGACGAAACACUCAUCGGAAACCCCCAAAAUGGGCCCUGUCCAGCCCGUGUCUCCAGUCUCACCUUUGAUGGAGAGCCCAAAUCGUAUGUUCCACGAAAGGAGACCCUCCGCUGCAGACAUAAGAGACUUGCACCACUCCCGUCGCCAUUCCUCGACUGAUUUCCGUCUAGCAGGAGCAUCCCCGGCCACCCCUAAAGUCUCGGGUGGAACGUUGCACGGAACAGAGGUGCCUCACAAGAAGCAACCGUCUUUCGACCGAAACUGGACGCUGGGCAGUGCAAACAACUCUAACCACCCCCAGUCCUCGAUCGGGCAACAAGAUAGUCUAGCUGUUCAAGAGCCUGAGAUCCAGGAUUCAGCAGUAGACCUGGAUCGAGGCUACUUUUCAGGAACCGAGGCUGAUCCUCGGCAGCGGAACUUAUUGAAGAAGCGUGAGAGCAAGGUGCCUGGUCUCGCGGAAUCGCCAAAGACGAGCUACACAGAAGAGCAGCGUGUGCGGAGCGCUACGGCGCUUUCCAGACAGUCACGGUUAGGCAGCAUUGAUUCCUCCCGGGAAGCAGUUGGCAUCUUACCCACUGCACAGAAAUACUACGGGUUGGUUAGGCGCACAGCUUCCACGGCUACCAUGGAAUCCCGUCUUUCUAGGGAAGGCAACCACCCUACGGUUACCAAACUCGAAGGAUCUCCAGAACAAAACAGAUCCUCUCCAAGAUCGGCUCUUAAACGCCUGAGCCAAGUCAACCACCCGGACUUUAAUAUGGCCGGCAUGUUAAAGAACGGCUUCGGCGGGCUACGAGCCGCCUCAGACGCGAUCACGGGUACCGAACGAGCUAAAGUGGCGUCACCGGUGGACACACCGUCCAAAGAUUCGUCUAUUCAUUCGCCCACACGCACCGGCUCGACCACGCCCUCGGCCGGCCGAAGUUUUGACCUCGACCAGGAGACUGCCAAGAGUUUGAGCACCGUAGCAACCGCGGCCUCUGCAGCAAAACAAGCAGCAAACCGGAAGAAGACCAAGAAGGAGACAAGUGCUUAUACGCGUGGCUUACAAAAGAUCAGCCCGCGAGAAGCGGUCAAGGAUGCGGACUACAGUGGAUGGAUGAAGAAGAGGAGUGCCAACCUGAUGACCACAUGGAAGCCGCGACUCUUUGUUCUCAAGGGUAGACGCCUGGCGUACUUUUAUUCUGAAGACGAUCAAGAGGAGAAAGGUCUAAUCGACAUUUCCUUCCAUCGGGUACUCCCGGCGGACAAUGAACGCCUGACUGGCUUCCACGCGACGCUUAUGGGGGCUAGUAACUCCCCAGCAAUCCCGGCUGGAAGCCAUGUCCAGACGCUCGCGGACGCGGACGCAGAGCGGGAUCCAACGGAAGAGGGGGAUCAGAUGUUCAUCUUCAAGCUUGUUCCACCACGAGCCGGCCUCUCGCGAGCAGUGAACUUCACAAAGCCCACAGUACACUACUUUGCUGUGCCCAACAUCAAGCAGGGUCGCCUGUGGAUGGCGGCUCUCAUGAAGGCGACUAUUGAUCGCGAUGAUACCCAACCAAUCACGACGACAUACCAGCAGAAAACCAUCUCGCUCGCCAAGGCACGCUCGAUGCUUCACAGACCACCAGCAUUGAUGCAUUUGGUAGAGACGAGUGAGGACAAUGCCGGUGACGAAGAAAGAGGGGCAGCAAAGAAGCAAAAUGGCCUAGGCAUCAGCUACAACGAGGCGGACAGCGGAGUUGCGGGAUUUGAGAAGCUGGGACUUUCUCACAUUGACGAAGAUGGGUUGGGAUUUGGUGAGAAGGAUGGAUCGGUUCCUCAGAGCGCUUAGGCGAAUCCAAGGAACCCAUCCGGGGACCAUCUGUGAUCUGGCUACGUAAUC